CAGUUGGGGGUCUGGUCCUGUGUUCGAGUUCGCCUAUGAACGAUGGAAGCGCGCACCCUUCACUUCAGGUGAAUGAGAGGGAAGCAGAGGACACGGUUCACUGUGCGUCGCAGCAACAAAAAAAAAAAGGAUCAAUCAGUGGAAAAUGAGUUGUGUCACGUCGCCUGGGCAGCACGUUUUUGUGACAACAUAUCUACUCUUCGUGAUGGGAUGCGUUGCCCAGAAGGUGUACUUUGACUGUGGUGCCAAGGUGGAUGUGGUGGACGUCCAAGGUCUCAUUCUGUCCCCCGGGUUCCCCUACAACUACUCUUCUGGAACACACUGUGUUUGGCUCUUCAUCGUGCCUGUCGAUUACCAGCUCAUUCUGGAGAUAUUUGAUUUUGAUGUGUUUGAAAGCCAAGACUUUGAAGCACAAAACUCAGCUGUUUUUAAUUUCGAGGAGGAAGAGGCAAACGAAGAGGUGACUUUCACCCCGGGCAGCUUGGCAACAGAUGACAUUUUGUCAGCAGCAAAAGAUCCUUUGCUUCUGAACGUCAGAGAUGUUGCAAAGACUCAACAGUCCUCCCAAGAUGGUGAGGUCAAGCAGGUUGUGGUCCAGGAACAGUCCACAAAGAUGGAAAUUACCAAAGUUUCAAACUCUGCCAAAAGAUCUGCAAAUGCCUCUACUGGCCUACCUUUGUCACCUUCUUCCUCUCUCCUCCUUUUACCUGGUGUUGUACCUUCAAGAGACAAAACCGUCAACUCUGCCUCCUUGUCUCACCUCAAGGGAGACCUCAAUCCAAGUUCUAAUCCAAGCACACUUGUGGACGGGACUACAGUUCACUCACUACACACUACUGACACGCCAGCUGUGAGUCCUGAAACCCAGCAGCCAGUGCUAGACGCCUGCCCUCAUGAUGUCCUCUACAUCUCAGACCUCAUCACCUUCUCCUCCAGGUUCUGUGGCUCCAACCGCCCUCCCACCAGCCAGCUGGUUUUUGGCUCCAGGCAGGAGAUGGUGGAGGUCAUCAUGGAGCUCAUCACCACCACACACUGGGGCCGCGGCUUUGCUCUUCUCUUCCAUUACCACAACCUGACUGAGCCAGGGGGGGACCAUCGUGUCUCCACUCCCGCAGCCAGCAAGGUGGACUCUCUCCUGGCUGCUGUGAGUGGAGCUGCGUUCUUUGCCAUGAUACUCACAAGUGCCCUCUGCAUCAUUUUCAGACCCAAGCUGUGCCCAAAAAGAGCCAACUCCUGCGCUUCCAGCAACUCUGAGGUGCCAGAGGGCGUCCAGAACACGGGGGCCGAGGUCAGUGAGCUGCAACUGAUGGCGGAGAAUCAGACCAGCCUGGAGACGAGCGCAGAGCAGGCCAACAACAACGCGAGGCCACCACACACAGUCAGUGCGUCUGUGGACAUUUCACAGAAUGCAGAGAUGGACCUCUCCUGCAGCGGUUUGACCGAACUCGACAUCGGUGCCGAUGACGUUUUCAUCGCGACUUCAGCUCCCAACUCGUGCAGGCUGCCCUUCUCCCCUCACACGCAGCAGGAGCGGUUUCUGAGGCACAGCGACACUGGUCCCAGCCCUGCGAGUGACUGGCCCUCACCUGCUGGAGGCAGAUCUGCCAAGGACAGUAGCAGCUGUGCCAGACCAAGGGCGUGGAGCGUACGCACCUUCCAGGACUUCCUCCCUCCACUGCCACAGCUGCACAAGAAGUGGUGCAGCUGGAACUCCACCAGCCCCUUCACCAAACUGGUGGACAGCACUCAAUCUGGUUUGACAGCUGACUGCAGGGGAGAUGACGGUAGGAAGGUGUUCUCUGAGAUACACUUGGAAGCCAAGGCAGACAACAGCACCAUCUCUGACUCAUCCAUCAGCAACGCCUCCUACCCACUCACGCAGCCUGCCCAGCGUCAGCGGCGUCUCAACUCCACCAGCAACCUGAGGCGCUCGCGCUUCCCAGGUCCUUGCUUUGGCCUGCUCCCUGCGACAACAGACCCAGGAAAGGCCUCCAGGGUUCCGCAGACCCAGGGAUCCCCGUCAGAGUCCAGCUCCAGUUCUUCCUCCUCCACCCAGUGUCAAAUCGAGAGCAGCCAGGCCGUGAAGAGGCGUGAUUUCCCAGGUGAGUGCGAUCACGUCAGCGUGCCAGUGUUUGCCAUCUCUGAAGAAGAAGACCGGCAGCCUCUGGUCUCAGCCGAGCACCUGGAUCAGACAUCUGCCCCGACUGCUCUGAACGGACUGGUGAGGGGGACAUACGAGGGGAAGCAGCCUGCAGGAGGAGCCGUCAGCCACAGCCCAAUCAACCAGAGGGCCCGGCCGGAGUGGAGACCAUGGGGGAGCCAGGUGUACGGAGGAGUGAGUCCACUCCUCUCCAGCACACCCACCAUGACCGAGUCAAACACAGUCAGUGACAACCAGCUGUGUCUGACUCACUCGACAGCGCUGUGCAGUGUGACCAACCAGAUCUGAGGGGGAGACUCUGGUGGGCCAGUCGUGUAUUCUCUGAACUCUGUUAGUGCCCCUUUAUGAAGUAUAUAUCCUGCUACUUUAAAUUUCUGAAAUAAUGUUACAACUUUUGCAAAUUUACUACAUAUUCUCCUCACUCUAGAUGAUUUUCUUUAUUUUUAAAGUUGUGUUUGGACAAAGAUGGAACAACGUGCUGCUUACUACGUCGCGGCUGAAUGCAAACAUAAAUAACUGUUUUCUAAGCGAGUACUUCAUAACCGCCAUCUCUUAGUGUCAUUUAGUAAUCAGAUUUAUUAACCAGUUUGAUGCUUUUCAUUCAGUCAUAAUCCAGUCUU